AGCUCCUCGUCUGGUUCUAUCCUCUGGUUGUUAUCGUGGAGCCAUGCCGGGGAUGUGCUCCGUGCCCGGCUGUAGGGGCUACCGGAAGGCCCGCUCCCGGGGGGUCGUGUUCCACUCUCUGCCCACCAGAGACCCGCAGCGCUGCAGGAGCUGGCUAAAGGCCAUCCAGAGCCCCAAAUUUAACGAAAACACACCUGUGAGUAAAUACGGUAACAUUAGAGUGUGCAGCCAGCAUUUUACAGCAGAAGAUUACGAACCGGAUAUCCAAGCAGAACUCAUGAAAACAACUCCAAGAAAAAUACUCAAGUCACACGUCAUCCCGACAGUUUUCAUUGGGAGGCAGCACGAGGAGCUGAGCUCACCUGGACCACCAGGUAACAGCAGCAGGACUCAGACCAGCUCCUCCUCCUCCUCCUCCUCCUCCUCGCAGCACCAUCCUCCAGCUGAACUCAGUGGAAGUUUGUGCAUGGUGGCGUCUGUGGAUCAUCUGAACGAGUUAAUAAGCUCGAAAGAAACUUCAAAAUCAGAUGAAAAGGGAGAAAAAGAGCCGAGUCACUCCAAGACGAUGGUGAACGACGGCUGCCUGAUGGAGCUGUUCCAGAGGUGUCAGACAUGUGGACGUCCCAUCACCAAGAGGAAGGUUUCUCACUGCGGCGCUCAGAAGAAGGUGAGGUGGAGGUGUGUGGGCGGACACGGCGGCGUGUGGACCUCGUCUCCUCUCCUCUGGGAGAAGUUUCCUGAGAUCCACCUCCUCUCCUCCCUCUCCAUCCUCUUCUCUGGAGGAAACUUCACACACUUUAAGAAAUGGGCCAAACAUCUGCAGCUGAACUUCAUGGGACAUAAAACCUUUUGUGAAAUCCAAAAGGCGUACCUGAACCCAGAGAGGAUCCAGGAGGAACACCAGCAGACUGGAGACACGCUGCUCCACAAAUCAGGUGAUGGAUGCUUGGAUUCUUCUCUUUCAGGGACAAGAAAUAAAAGCCAAGUGGAGGAGAAGAGAGACGAGAGCUCAGUCAUCACGGUCCAGGUGAGGCAGCAUGAACAAGAGAAACUAAAUGUGUUUACUGGAAAUGGAAACUACUAA